AUGUUUCGUGGGCAUUCCCAAUCAACGAUGGCUGAGAAUUCUCAUCAUGAAUGUACUCUCACUAUGACAACAUCCUCAACAAUUGUUGAAGAUUCUCCAGAAAACAAAAGAAAAUAUGAAGUCAUGGUAGAGUGGAAUGAAGAUGAAGAUUUAAUCAUUGAUGAAGAAGUCCUCUCGGAAAUCAUGAACUCCCAAGAGCAAGACUCAUUUUCAACACCAAAGAAAACAAAACACGACUCUCAAGUUUUUGUAAAUUCAGUAGAUACUCAACAAUAUUCAAGUGUUGGAGGCUCACAGCAAACCGAUUCUGCAGACUCUAUCUCAUUACUCUCGGAAGAUAUUGAUGAUAUUAUAAUCCAAUGCUCCCAAAUUGAUGAAGAAUUUGAUAUCAAUAAUCAACAGCAUGAUUACAAUAACAAUACAAUGGAAGUUAAACAUGAUGAUUUUGUGGAAGAUGAUGAUAUCGUCAUUGAUCCAGAAGUACUGGCAAGUCUGAUGGAUGAUAACACAAGAGACAUUGAGCUUGCUCUCCAACGUGCAUUUGAUCAUAGUUCCAAAUUACAACAACGCAUAAGAGAAAAAAAGUUUGAACAUUUUAAAAAGGCAAUAUUCGAAGAAAAUGCAGUACAAAAUAUAGCUCAUUACUGUGCCAAAACUCUCCCUGUAUUUGUUAACAAGUCUUGCUGUGGAACCACAAAAGACAUGCGUACAUUAUUUCAACAACAUUUUUCCAUUAGACACAAGAUUACCCACUCUAAAUUCUGCAACAUGACAUUUUGCGACUACACACAGUGCUCUAGCAAUGAAGAACCAACCUUAUUCAAAUUAUAUCCAACCAAAGCUAAAAGCAUACAUUCCCAACUUCCUCUGUGGUUAGAAACCAAUUCUACAUUUAAAAAGUUCAACAACUUGUCGAGAUUGUAUCCAUGUCAUAUGAACGACAGAGAUGUCAUUUAUAUAAUAUUCGUAAAAUUUGGAGACGUAAUUAAGUACUAUGCAGGUAGGGCCAAGAUGGGAAUCACAAACCGGUUCGUUGAAAAGGACUAUUGUCAUGUUUACAAAGCAGACAUGGCAGAGAGCGGAUUCUAUGAUUUAUAUUCUGAUUUCAUUAUUGGUCUGGUGGAUCCUAAAUAUGUUUUUAUUGUGGCAUUUGAUACUGUAGCUGCGGCCAAGCAACUACAUAGUUUGGUACUUUACAGCAAUGACAAAAUUCUACGCGAUAUUUUGCUCGCAAAAUAUGAAGAGUUUGAUGUUUCAACGUUAGAUUUCUUUGAGCAUUGUUGCAUUUAUUAUUUACAAGAAACGAGACAUUCCCUCAAUCAAAAAAUUGGGAUUGAGAAAAAGUAUUCGAGAAACCAAAGAUUAAAGCGAGAACUGGAAAUAUUAGAUUACUAUAUCAGGAACCAUUACGAAAGUAUUCUACAAUGGAUUAGUGAAAGGCGUGAUUAUGUUGAUUUGCAUGUUUCAUCACAUGAGGAGUCUGUUGAAGACCAUGCCAAAAAUUCACAAUCACACCUGUCAACAAGUCAUGUUACCUCGUCCCACGAGAACAAUCUCAUCAGUCAUAUGUUAGAUUCUCCACUUUUCAAAUCAGUAUUACUGACGCUUUUCCUGAUUUUGCUUGUUGGUGUUUUUGUUUUACUUUUAAACAGGCUUUUUGUUUGA